AUGGACAAUAUACACGAAGUAACUGGCAGGAAGGCCAAGGAGCCAUACAUACUCAAUAUCAGCGACGAUCCAUCUCUGUCAGGUUGUCUAGUGUACUUCCUCAACUCCCCCGGGGGCAUCUUGACAGUGGAUACCUUGAAUGGUGACACGGUGGUUGAGGUUCAGCGUACAGCCCUUCAGGACGGCACUGGUGCUUGCGUGUCGGGUAACUCGACUCGGAUUGAACAGGUCAUACCAGGCUCGCCGAUUCUGCAGACCAGGACCCAGACUAGGUCUGGUGUAAUGGAUGCGGUGGUGGAGGAGGAUAUUCAUGAGAUUAUCGCCGAAAGCUCUCUUGCUGAUACACAAACGGUAGCCGCUAUCGCUUGA